ACGAGCCGGCCGCUAGGUGGCGACACUCUGACGUCACGAAGAAGACGACGAGGCGCGUGCGGGAGUGAGGUCUUCAAGUUGGUGACAGAAACGGAAAAUGAAUAAAGUGUGUAACGUUACACAACAAUCAAAACCUCCUUCGGGGAGUGUGUUGGCGUUUCUUUAGAUGCGCGGCCUCCUCGGCAGCUCCGCUGAGCGGUUUAUUCCGGUGGUUUAAUAACGUUAUGGGUCGCUAAUUAGCUAAGGAGCUAACUGGGCAUUUUCGUGAGUACAAACUUUACAGCGUUUCAGACCGAGCGGCUUCUUAGUCAUGCGGCAAGCUGCUAAAAACUCACAUUCUCACUAAUUUAAAUUCAUUUGGCCGAAUGGACCGAAGCCCCUGAGGGAACAUGAGUCUCGCGCUGAAUGAGCUGCUAAUCUGCUGCCGCGGGAUUGAGCACGAGCGGGCAACAGAAAGGAAGAAGGAGGUCGAGCGCCUCAAGAGGCUAAUUAGAGACCCUGAGACCGCGAGGGAGCUUGACCGCGCCUCCUCGUGCAGGGCUCCCCGCCAGCUCACGUGGGAUGCCGUGUUCAGGUUCUUGAGGAAGUACCUUCAGAAGGAGACCGAACUCCUGCAGGCAGGUAGAGCCAACGUGUCGGCAUCCACGCACACCAGCCGGCAGAAGAAAGCGCAGGAUCUCAGCAGCCUGGUCAAAUACUUCAUCAGAUGUGCCAAUAAACGUGGCCCGAAGCUGAAGUGUGCUGAUCUUCUGUCCCACGUGGAGGAUGUCCUGAGAAGCUCCUUCACCUGCGCUGCCUACGGCGAGGACUGUAGUAGCACCCUGCUGAAAGAUGUCCUCUCUGUCCACAAGUACUGGAGUGAGAUCACCAGUCAGCAGUGGGAGAGUCUGUUGGAUGUGUACUGUGGCCUCUUUAACAAGGCCUCUAGGUCUAUCAACCGUGUCCUUCUCAGCCGGAUUAUUCACGCCGUGGUUCAGGGAUGUUGUCGCCAGACUGACGGCCUGUCUCACACACUCUUCACUUUUUUCUGCAGAGCUCUAAGUAACACCAGGGUGGAGAAGCAGCUGGCUGUGGUGCAGCACCUCAUCUCUGCCCUGAACGUGUUCCUGCGCUCUGUGGCCACCAACUCCCGUAGACGAGUGUGUCGACUGGGGGAAGAACUGCUCCCCUCCAUCCUAUAUGUGUGGAGUCAGAUGAGGCCCAACUCCACCCUCAAACAGGAGAUGGUGGAGUUCUUCAACCUGCAGGUCUGUGUGCAUCAUCCAAAAGGAGCCAGGACACCAGAGACAGGGGCCCUGGCAGAAGACUGGGGGAAAUGGCACAGUCACCUCUACAGCCUGUACGAUGAGCUGGUGGCUGAGAUCUCCCACAUCAGCAGCCGAGGUAAAUACGCCACUGGUUCGCGCCACAUCGCUGCCAGAGAGAACCUCAUCAUGCUGACGGCAGACGUCUGCCACCAGCUGUUCUGUCAGGACCUACGGGUGGAGGUUCAAGAUACACAUUCAGGCAGCCCGCAAGGUCGCAAGAGACGGAGGGUGGAGCUCGGCUGGGACGUGCUCAGGGACCGCCUACAGCCCCAACUCAGUGACUUUGACAUGAUCCCAUGGCUACAGGUCACAGCUGCCCUGAUCUCCAAGUACCCUGACAUGCUUGCUGCCCACGAGCUACCCCCUCUGCUCUCGCUACUGUACCAGCUCCUGGGUGAACAGCGUUGCCAUGGCGAGAGGGGCCCCUAUGUAUUGCGCUGCCUGAGACAGGUGGCGCUAUGUCAGGUUGCUUGCUCAGGAAAGUCCCAGGCUGGGUUGGUGGAGCUGGGCCGGCUGUGGGGACGGGUGUGGGUGCUGGCUCUGCGGGGUGUCAGCUCAGCCCAGACCGAGGCUCUGUGCCUGGAGCUGCUCGCCACCAUGGUGCAGGGCUCCCUGGUCCCCAUGGAUAGAGAGUUCUGGAAGCUCUUCUCUGGUGCUGUCUGUAAACCAUCCAUUGCUUCUGCCCUCUGCCUGGCCCAGGCCAUGUGCAGGAGCUCCCUCCCCCAAGCCGUCUACAGCAGGGAGCCGUGCUCCUCCUCGCCCUCUGUGCUGGGGGAGGCUGACGGGCCCGCCGGCCUGAGGGAGGGCAUCAUUGACUGGUUCCUAACCAAGGAACAGAGUGAUGACAUGGAUGACAGCACCAGACAUCACCCCGUCAUCUCCAGUGAUUUUCCUCUGAAUCUCGUUCCGAGAAUUCUCGUGGCGUUGAUGCUGAAGGACUCUGUGAGUGGAUUGCUGUACCUGAAAGGCUCGGUCCAGCUGCAGCCCUUCCACUGCGCUGAUCAGCCUGUCCUGGACCCCAGCGGUGUCCUGACAGAAGUCCAGGCCUUGUAUCUGCAGUUCAGCUUCGAUGACACGGUCUCCGGAUCAUCUGCUGCGGAAGACAGGAGCGACGCAUGCUGGGAGAAGCCCCAGCUCACGGUCAUCGGCCCCCUGAGGAGGCGCCUGGAACAGGGUCUCCAGGAUGUGGCCAGCCACCUCCUCAACUCCCCUCCUGGCAGCGUCAGCCCUACACACAUGCUACGCGGCUUGACACUGCUAACCGGGGUCCUGGGAGCCUUCGUCACCGUCAGACUCCUCACGGAGGAAGACGCCUGCCAGAAUCCUCUCUUUCAGAAAGCGAAGGCUUUGGCGCAGGACUUCAGUGACUACGUGUCCUCGUGCAGGACCAGGCUGUUAGAGACCCACGUCCUCUCCCUGCUCAAAUCUGUGAUGCUGCACUGUUCACAGCACGUCAGCCUGGAGGAGAAGGACAGCGUGUCUACCGUGUCUCGAGGUUUGCUCAUGAAAGCAUUUCCUGCUAGGCUGCUAAAUGAGCUGUCAGAUAUGUGUAAAGUCAUGCUGAGCAGCUCUGGUAAGGGGGAUGGCGAGGUGGGUGAGGACCAGCCUGAGGAGGACACACAGCUCACCAGGACCCACGUGGACAACCAACCGGAGGAGGUUGAUCUGUUUGAUGAUGGAGACGGAGCCCAUCCCAGCUCCAGCGGAACACAGAAGUCUAACGCGGAAGAUUCCCAGCAUGCCCUGAGAGCUCAGAGUCCUCUGUCUGAGGACCAUCUGGACGAGCAGGACCUGGCCUUCCUGUCCGUGCUGCGUUUCCUGUCCCUGUGUGUGUGUGUGGAUCAGGACCGAGGUCUCGCCUUCAGAGUGUUGGAUGUGCGCCGCCGCGUCCUGAAGCUGCUGGACCUGCUGGAUGGCACCAAGCCCCUGCACCUCCACAUGUACCUCAUCCUGCUGAAGGAGCUUCCUGCAGAGGAGGCGUGUCUCACGGCAGAAGAGUACUGUGUCCUCCUCAGGCCUCUGGCGGACGCGUGUUCUCUGUAUCGCCAGGACCAGGAGGUGUGUGCCUCCAUCUUGAUGGCCCUCCUACCCUGUAUACACUCCCUGGGCCGACAACAGCGCCCCCCUGAGGGGAGCGAGGAGAUGGACAAUGUGAAGGGCAUGCUUCUCAAAGUGGUCUCAGGUUUCUGCAUCUUGGGUAAAAGUGGCCGAUGUUCCUCGGCGGUAAGAUCUGCCCUGGGGCACUGCUUACGUGCUUUACUGGAGGCAGACCCUUGCUGUAAGUGGGCAGUCCUGUCGCUGAUGGAGGAGGAGCUUCCUGUCUGUGUGGUGCUGCCCUCACUUCUGGCCGAUCCUCACCACUACGUCCGCAUGCUGGCAGUCAGGACUGUGGAAAGAUUGUUCUUGGAAAAGCCUGUUAAGGGUGGAGAAAAGAAGCAGCUUCUCCCGUUAAAACACCAGCAGAUGGCGUUUGAGAACAUCUACCUGAAAGCUCAGGAGGGGAUGUCCACCCAGAGGGGCAUGGCCCCAGAGGACCUGCCUGACGAGACGUCUAACCGGCGUGCCACGCUGCUGAAGAGCUUGUCCGUGGUGAUGUGCUGCAGCCCCGUGUGUGAGAAGCAGGCCCUGUUUGCCCUCAUCCAGUCCCACAAAGAGAAUGCCAUCGAGGAGCCCCUCUUGAAGAAGGUCCUGGCCGCCGUGUCCUGUGCAUUGGGCUACAGGACCCCUCAGCUGUUCGUACACUCUCACCUGUACUACCUAGUGGCAGAGUGGCUGGCCCAGAAGCAGACGGACCCCGGCUACACACUCCAGGCCUUCCCUCACUCCCUGCUGGGCUGCAGCGGUCUGGAGGACUUCUACAGGUCUUCGUAUCGUGUGCUGAUCCCACACUUGGUCUUCCUCAACGACUUUGAGGAGGUGAAGUCCAUCGGCACACACCUGGGCCGGGACUGGAGACGGCUGCUGGCAGACUGCUUCCCGAGGAUCAUGGUGCACAUACUGCCACACUUUGCCCUACCUCAGGACGACCAUGCUGCAGACCGCAGGGAGCAGGCCCAUCACGUGUACGACCUGCUAAAGGAAGACACCUGUCUGGGCAAACAGCAAAUCGACAGUCUGAUCUGUGGCAACCUGGCAGACAUCGUGGUGGAGCUGCUGAUGACCCUGUAUGAAGGCGGGGCUUCUGGCCAUGCUGAGGCAGCAGACCUGCCCAGCUUUACUGGGGAGCUGGACCCGGCCCCUAACCCCCCCUUCUUCACGUCACAUGUGAUCAAGGCCACCCUGGUCUACCUCAGCAGGUGUCACAGCACCAGCCAGAGGUCUCUGGUCUCCAUCCUCUCCAAGACUCCAAUGUCCAUACAGAAGAUCCUGUUCUGCCUGAGUCAGCGGGAGGGAGACACCACCAACGCGUACGAGAGACAUCGCAUCCUCAUGAUGUACCAGCUGUUUGUGAAGCUCCUCCUCCCAGAGGUUAAAGAUGGACUGGGCGGUGCCUGGGCCUUUGUUCUCCGUGACGUUAUCUACACCCUCAUACAUCACAUCAACAGCAGGUCGCUGCUGCAGGACGAGGUCUCCGUACGCAGUCUUGCUCUUUGCUGUGACCUGCUGACCACCGUCUGCCAGACGGCAGUGCGCUUCUGUGAUGACGCUCUAGAGAGCCACUUGCAGGUCAUUGUUGGUACUCUUACUGCUCAGGUCAGUGAGCAGUCUGCCAUAUCUCAGCAGGCCCUGAGGCUGCUCAAGUUCCUGGUCGUAGACAACCCAGACACUCCAUACCUGCGGAGAUCCGUGCCCUUCCUGGAGCCGUUCCCCGACCAGCCCGCCUUCAGUGAGCUCCGUACCGCUCAGCGUGCUCUUAAGUACUGUUCCAGAGUCUUCACGCUCAAGCAGGAGAUUGAGCAUUUCCUGUCGGUAAAGUCAUGUGACUCAUUACCGCUCACUCGACUGGAGGGUCUGAAGGAUUUAAAGGGUCAGCUGUGUGCUCACAAAGAGCAGACCAAGCAGCUGCUCAAAGAAUGCCAUGCCGACCCGUCCGGCAGUGUUCUGGUCUGGAUGGUCGUGAACCUCCUGCAACUAUGUAAACUAGCAGCCAAUCACCCCGGUGGGAGGGACAUCCAGGAGGCCGUUGGGAGCUGUUUGGGAGAACUCGGGCCAUUGGAUCUGUCUACUAUCGCACUGCAUCAUGGGAAAGACCAGAUCUACAGCCAAGCAGCUGCUCUGUAUCCAGACGCUCCUAGUCAGUGGGUCUUCAUCAUCCUCAGCUGCAUGAACAAUGCACUGACACACCACAGUAUCACUGUGCGCCAAGCGGCUGCUGUGUGUCUGAAGGACGUUCUGGCCAUUCAGUCAGGCCUGGAGUUCUGGGAGAAGCACAAGCUUCGUCAGGACCCAAUGCUACUGUAUCUCAGCACGUUUCGCACUACCAAGAGAAAGGCUAGUGUGUGUUCACCCAUGGAUCAGUCAGCGAGGGUGAAGGCCACGGCUGGGAGCCUGGAGCAGUUGGACAGUGCUGAUCUGUGGUCAGUGCAAGCUGGUGAGCAGAGAGACUGGCUGCACAAUCUGUGCAGGGCUCUGCUGCAGAGUGGUGCCGUCCAGAGUGAAGCCCUGCUAACAACUGGUCCCCUGUGUGAGGUGAAGACGGACUUCUGCCAGACGAUUCUCCCGCUCUUCUUCCAUGACGUUCUCCUGCGGGACAGCGGCGGGGCCUGGAGGAAGCUACUCUCCACUCACGUCCAGAGAUUCCUCCGCGGUUACUGCGCCCGUCCUGCCACGCCCACUACCGCCGCCUUGGGAGAGGCGGAUGUGGGCACCCUGAACCAGCCGGAUAAAUGGUCUCUGCGCACCAUGCUGGCCGUCAUCGACUACCUGCGGGCACAGCCCCGCCCCCUGAGCCCCAGCAGUUCUGAGUGUGGAACCGUGUGUGAGUCCAACUUCUGGCUGGAGCUGACCUAUCUGGAUGUGGCCCGAGCUGCGCAGGUCUGCUCGGGCCACUUCACCGCCCUGCUCUACUGCGAGAUCUACGUGGACAACAUGAGCACGGCGAGGGAGGCGACGCGCAGGGCACAGUCCAGAACAUCACGACGGAUCACGUUUGAGGACGGCAGUCAGAACCUAUCCAUGAGCAGUGUGUGCGAGAAGAGUGUUGAAGACUCAGGCAUCACCCUGCAGGAGAUCCUCAUGGAAGCGUACAGGAGCAUAGGAGAACCCGACAGCUUAUAUGGAUGUGGAGGAGGCAAACUGUUCGAUCCUCUAACCAGGAUCAGGACAUAUGAGCAUGAGGCUUUGUGGGAGAAAGCGAUGUCCUCAUACGACCUUCACUCCACCCUCCCAGAGGUCACCCGGCAGGUUGGAAUAGUGCAGGGGCUGCAGAACCUGGGUCUGUGUGGGGUCCUGAACGUCUACCUGCAGGGCCUGGAGCGACAGGGUGCUGAGUGGACACCUGAACUCCGUGAGCUGUGCUUUCAGGCAGCGUGGAGGAGCACGCGGUGGGACACGGACCUGGCCCCUAGGGGUGAGAAACUGAGUCCAGGCUUUAAUGAGUGCACCUUCACUGCCCUGCAGGCUCUGAGGGAUAAGGACUUCUGUGUGUUGGAGCACACACUCACCUACGCCAGACAGAGCUGUGUUGAAGAGCUGUGUCGUGGUAGUCUGGAGGUGUUGUCAUCCCUCUAUCCCACACUCCGCAAUCUUCAGAUGGUUGAGGAACUCCAGAGUGUGAAACAGCUUUUCUCAGGGCCUGUGACAGACUCUGUCCUGGAGGAGGUCUACAGGAAGUGGAAUCACCAACUGGACCUCUUGAAGGACAGUGACUUCAGCCUGGUUGAGCCAGUCUUGGCUCUGCGAUCCUCAGUGCAGGAAACACUCCUGAUGUCUGAGACCAACCCAGACAGGAGGCUCCGCCUUAACUCUGCCUACACCUCCCACCUGAUGGAACUCUGCAGGUUGGCACGCUCAGCUGGAAACGCCCAGCUGGCUGAGAGGGCAGUGUUCCAGGUGAGACAGCAAGGCCCAGCAGACUCGGGCACUGCUGUCCACUGGGCCUGGCAGCUGGAGGAGGCGCAGGUGUUCUGGGAGAAGAAGGAGCCCACACUGGCCCUGGGGCUCCUCAAACACAUGAUCCAGCGUCUGGAGGAGUUGGUAGACCUGAAUCCUGUAGUGGUACCAGUGUAUGCUGAGUGUCUCCGGCUAUGUGGUUGCUGGCUAGACGAGACCUGCAGAGAAAGUCCUGCAGUCAUCCUGGAGACCUGCUUGGAGAAGGCGGUGGAGGUGCUUGUGGGCCAAGCUGGGGUCUCAGAGCCCAAACUGCAGGGGCAGAAGACACAGGCCUUCCUGUCACUUGCCCGUUUCUCUGACGCGCAGUACCAGAGCAUCGAGAACUACAUGAGCUCCUCGGAGUUUGAGAACAAGCGGGCGUUGCUGGACAAAGCCAAGGAGGAGGUGGAGCUCAUGAAGGAGAAGAGAGUCCACAGCAACAGGUACACGGUGAAGGUUCAGCGAGAGCUAGAGCUGGACCAGCGAGCCCUGGCCACCCUGCAGACUGACCGCAGACGGUUCCUCCUGAAGGCCGUGGAGAACUAUGCUCGCUGCCUGGAGCUGGGCCAGCAGCAUGAUUCCUGGGUGUUCCGGCUCACCUCGCUCUGGCUGGAGAAUGCGGACGAUGCGGAUGUCAACGCCUUGGUGCAGAGAGGUGUGAGGAAGAUCCCCUCUUACAAGUUCUUGCCACUCAUGUACCAGCUGGCAGCGCGGAUGGGCACCAGAGUGUCCAGUCCAGUCAGGGAGGAAGACGUGGGUUUUCAAAGUGUCCUCACCGAGCUCAUCUGUCGGUCAUCCAUGGAUCAUCCUCAUCACACUCUCUUCAUCAUCUUUGCUCUGGUCAACGCCAACAAGGACGAGAACUUCUCUCGCAGCCGGCUGUCCAAAAGCAGUUCACGGCAGCCGUCUCCUCUGGACCUGGAGAGAGCUGCUGUAGCUCGGACCAUCAUCAGCAGGGUUGGUCAGGAUAAGGCGGCCCUGAUCUGGGGCAUGGAGACCCUGUGCAGUGCCUACAUUACGCUGGCCUACAUGGAUGCCAGUCGUUACAAAACAGAGAAGAAAGCAAUACCCAUUCCUGCAGAUCAGCCCAUCAUGCAAAUCAAGGACAUAGAAGCCGUCACUAUCCCCACCAUGGAGAUCAGGGUGGAUCCAUCAGGGACUUAUGAGGAUGUGGUCACCGUCAGGUGUUUCAGUCCGAACUUUCACCUGGCGGGAGGUGUGAACCUGCCCAAGAUCAUCGACUGCAUGGGCUCAGAUGGCAGGAGCAGGAGACAGUUGGUCAAGGGGCAGGAUGACCUCAGACAGGAUGCAGUCAUGCAGCAAGUCUUCCACAUGUGCUCGUCCCUUCUGCAGCGCAAUGGCGAGACCCGCAAGAGGAAACUCUACAUCCGGCGCUACAAGGUGGUGCCCUUCUCUCAGCGCAGUGGUGUGCUCGAGUGGUGUUCUGGUACCAUGCCCAUUGGGGAGUUCCUGGUCGACACUCAGAAGGGGGCGCACAAUCGUUUCCGGCCCCAAGACUGGAGCAACUUGACCUGCCGAAAGAAAAUGAUGGAGGCUCAGAGCCUGGACUCUGACGGCAAGCUGCAGGUCUUCAGUGAGCUGUGUCAGAACUUCCGGCCUGUGUUCCGUUACUUCUGCAUGGAGAGGUUCCGCGAUGCAGCAGUGUGGAUGGAGAAGCGCCUGGCAUACACACGUAGCGUGGCAACGUCCUCCAUCGUUGGCUACAUUGUUGGACUGGGCGAUCGGCACAUUCAGAAUAUCCUGAUAGAUGAGCAGACCGCAGAGCUGGUCCACAUCGACCUGGGCGUAGCUUUCGAGCAGGGGAGAAUCUUGCCCACGCCGGAGACGGUGCCAUUCCGCCUGUCCCGGGACAUCGUGGAUGGCAUGGGCAUCAGCGGCGUGGAGGGUGUCUUCAGAAGGUGCUGUGAGAAGACCAUGGAGGUGAUGAGGAACUCUCAGGAGGUUCUCCUAACCAUUGUGGAGGUGCUGUUGUAUGACCCGUUGUUUGAUUGGACGAUGAACCCUCUGAAGGCUUUCUACCUGCAGCAGCAGGAUGAGCAGCCCGAGCUGAACGCCACACUCAACCCCACAUUGGAGCACAGGACAAGGGACAGUCAGAGCUUCAACAAGGUGGCCGAGCGAGUCCUGCUGCGGCUACAGGAGAAGCUGAAGGGUGUGGAGGAGGGGGCAGUGCUUAGUGUUGAUGGACAGGUCAACCUCCUCAUCCAGCAGGCCAUGGACCCCAAAAACCUCAGCCGACUCUUCCAUGGCUGGCAGGCCUGGGUCUGAACCCACACACUGUUCCAGAACUGAUGGAGCCUUUACACGUGGCUUUAUGUGAAUGGAAACCGACAGUUGUGACUGUUAUGAACGUUUUCAUUGUUUACACUGAUGUGGGGCUGUACAAGAGCUACUGUGACCAGGUCUGUGCAGUAGUGAUGGGUUCAUGUGCACUGUCCCAUCACAGACUGCUAGCAACUGUGUUAUCACUGCUCAUCACCACUGGAAGAAUUACUUAAAUUGCACACACAGGAAGUGCCAGACCUGAUCAAGGGUGUCAGAUUUUAUCAGCUUUGCUGUGUAAUUACCAAAGUGUUAUUUUAUGCCAAUAGUGUACUACUAAACUUGGACACAAGGUAUGUAAUAAAAUGAGACAAUAUGUAGUCCAAUAAAAUAUACUAAUCCAGUUUGAUCGCUGAAGUCUGGGCUGCUGUCUCCACUGCCCUUGGCUGUAGGAAUAUCAGUAAAUCAACAUGCAGUUAUUAAUAAUGUUCAGUUACCACACAAUCAAUCAAUCAGUCAGGAGUAGCCAACAGCCACAAGAGGAAAUCUGUAAAGCAGAAGACAUUUUCUUUCCAUUGUGGCUUAACAGGUUAGCAACAUUUGUUUUAUAAAUAAAUUAUUCAAAUUACUUCCCUUACAGCUCAGCUUGUGACAUUUGAUAACAGAUAAAGGUGUAAACAUCAAAAGGACCAAAAUAACUGCGCUACAUCGCAGACUGGAGUUAUAUGCACAAAGGAGCCCAACAUCUCUGCUGAACCCUACCCACAUGCACAGGAUGGUCAGACUAAAGCAGCAAUUCAGUCUCACAAAGGCUAUGUCUAAGUGUCACAUGUUCCCCUUAGACUCUACAAGUCCUGUUUACACUAGUGAGGGGAAGAAGUUAUUUCUGUUAAAGAAUUUGCCAAGACAAAAGCUCAGAGUUCAUGACAAGUUUUAUAUACGUCAGGCCAAACCACAUCAUUCUAAUACACUGAUAACUAUCAGGUCAGAGCAGAUAAAAACUUCCUUGAACUUUCCCCACAGGCUUGACAUUUUGAUAGAGUUCUGUACACAAACAUUACACAGAGGGAGUGUCUCUUAUUAAACAGUGAUAGAGUUUGAUGUGAAGUACUGAGGUCAGUGCCUUGUUUGUUUUUUGAGAUCCUGAAGGUGAAAGUUAAACAUCAUUAAAAUAAUCCAGGAACCUUGUUUGCAGGUAUUGGGAAUAAACCUAUGCACUGGAGGUGGUGUGGGAAGAGCUUGGGGACAAAACCAGUCUAGGUGGCCCUGGCAAACAUUCUGCACUUCCUGGCUUUUAUAGACAGUAGUGGUUGUAUUUUGCAUUGAUAAGUUAUGUGAAAUAUCUAAUGCUUGCUCUAAACAAGAAUUACAUUUAAAUUACAAAAGAUUUAUGCUUCAAUGUAUCUUUUAAGCAAUAAAUGAAACCUAAUUCUUCCUCUGUA